AAAGAAAUUCAUUCGCAACAGAACAUGAUCUGUUUCCGAAGACAGUCAAAAAGCCUCAAGUUCAGAGAAGGAAACAAUGCGCGGAAGAGGGGAACUAAACAAAUUAUGAUAAAUUUAGUGCAGCAACGCUGGAGAAUCAUGCAUACAACCAAGUUGCCGGUAGAACCGGUAGAACGGGUAUUUGAAAAUACCCGUUUAAACAAUUAUACUUGUUUAGAUGAUUGAGCCUUCACCUCCCUCUAAUUGAAAACUGGACAAAAGAAGUCGGUGCAAUGAAUGAUAACGCUAGAGCCGGUAGUGCUCCAUUUACAGCUGUUGUUGUUGAGGCCACUAGACGACGUGUUCGUGCUUCUGAUUAUCCGGCAAUCCAUCCAGAUAUCGGUGCUUGGGCUAAUCACAGUCAUAGUCAUCCUACAAGAAUUUUAAGUCCUGUUCCUAAUAAUCCCAAUCUGCCAGCACAACAAAUACGGAUACAAAAAGUGAUAGAUGGAAAUGUUCCAAGAUGGCAUUUGCUUCAAGGAGAACUCGUUCAUGAUUACGAAAUUAUGUCUUGCCAUGGUCCACAUGGAUACGCUAUGGUUGAACUCACUGGUAGGGAACGCUUCUAUGCAUGCCUCAAACCCUAUUUGUAUCAUAACGAGACUAAAAGCAGGGAACAUACCAGUGGCCCUAGAGUUUACCUCGCUUAUGUAUUACUAUAUGGUAAGCCCAGAUUGGAAGCCGAUCUUGCGCCUCGCAAUCAAAGGUCAGCGCUCGAUCGGCGCGGUUUUCUAUUUCACGGCCAAGCAGUUCGUGAUCAUUUAAAUAUAACGCAAUCUCUAGGGCGCGUUCGUUAUGUACUGCCGAAUAAUAGUGAAGUUGAAGGAGACUUAUAUGAAUAUCCUGGUGCACCUAUAUUUAGAACUUAACAAUCUCCAUGUUAAGUGCUAUCGAAAAAGAAGGUUUUUUCUUGUUAGCCUCGUAAGAAUUCAUGCAAUUUAAGAAGGAAAGAUAAGCAUUAAUGAGGAAACCAGCAUAACCAGGAAAGAUAAGCAUUCGUUUGUCCAAGAGCAAUAUUGCCAAUCAAGAUAAGCGUUAGCUUAACCAUUCUGUGAUAGCAUAGAUCCCUCUCUAUAUUGGCGUGGUUUUCUGGAAACGAAGGUCGUAGGCCACGUCCUCUGAUAACAUUCCGUCUUGCAAGUUGAUUCCUAAAAGCGCAUGCGUCGCUUAAGACCUCCGUUGUGAGAAACCCAUUUAGAAAUCGUAAGGGUUUUUGGCAAAUAUGGUAUGGUCAAGUGAAAAUUUUUUCGAAAGGUGAUGCUGCUUUCAAAAUAUAGAUUCGAGCUGUGUGCUCCACAGCCGGUUUUCAAUCGAACAAAAAUAUUAACGGAGAAAACCUAAGAUUGGCAGUUGUUGAAUUUUGAUCUACGCGUAUUUAAAAAGAUACCCAUUCUGUCUAAAGUUUGUGUUAUAAUGUUAAAUUAUUUUUCUUAUUUUACGUUGUUAAAUUUGUACUUGAAAAAAAUGGAAUCAUAGGCAGCACCACGUUCUCGUCUUUGGUUCUGGGGUAAGAGCUAAGAGCGGUACAAACUUUAUUCGAAUAUGUACAUGCACCCACAAUUAAAAAUAUAAAUCUGAUGAUUCUUAGAUGAUAAAAAAACAUUUUUUUUUUAAUCUUGUUUUUAAGAUAUAUGGAGAAAGAGAGCAGCAAGGAUUUUAAUUUUAACGGGAUAAUAUUGUCUGAGCGAUACUAAAUCAAAUCGCAUAGACAAUUUGCGUUGACAUUUUUUUAAAACUAUUUUCGCUUUAAAACCGGCUGUGGAGAACCAUGACCCGCUUUAUGAAUCAGCAUUAAAAAUGCCUGCUGCGCUAAAAUUUUAUGAGUUAAAGCAAAUAUCUAAAAAAUUUCGAGCUAAUUUUGCUCUUAUAAGUUUCAUACUUCAAUAGUAAUAGCUCAAUAAUGUGAAACUUCAGUCAUUUAUAUUGCUCAAUAAUUAUUUAUUCAAGGGUGUAAGCUGGAAUCUACAUUAGAGAUAAAAUAACACAUAACAAUAAAUAUUUUACAAUAUAAAUUAUCAAUGGAUAAAA